UCUCUUUCUCUCCCUCUGGCAUGCAUGCUGCUGGUAGGAGCCCCCAGGUAAAAAUUGCUCAGAACUCCUUUAAUAUUUCUUCCUCAGGAAAAUUUAUGGUUUCAGGAUCACAGCUCAGUUUUUUAAGCUGGACCUAAGCCAGGUGAACUUCUGAUGGAUCUUAAACUUCGAAUUGGAUGUGGACAUUUUUCUCUCAGAUGACAGGAUCACUCCAUGUUCCCCUUUGCGGUUGCUUCCUUUCUCUGAAGGUAGCUAUCUCUUGUUUUCUUUAAAAAGCUCUACCUUUCAAAGUUGCCUGCCAUGCCGACUGUCAUUAGUCCAACUGUAGCCCAACGGACAGGGGCCAAGCCCAGGUCCCCAGGGCCUAUUCCCCACCCGGCCCAGGGCAAGACCACGGAGGCCGGGGGUGGACACCCAAGUGGUAUCUAUUCAGCUAUCAUCAGCCGCAAUUUUCCUAUUAUUGGAGUGAAAGAGAAGACAUUUGAACAGCUUCACAAGAAAUGUCUAGAGAAGAAAGUUCUUUUUCUGGAUCCUGAGUUCCCACCAGAUGAGACCUCUCUCUUUUAUAGCCAGAAGUUCCCCAUCCAGUUCAUCUGGAAGAGACCUCCGGAAAUUUGUGAGAAUCCCAGAUUUAUCAUUGGUGGAGCCAAUAGGACUGACAUCUGUCAAGGAGAUCUAGGAGACUGCUGGUUUCUUGCAGCCAUUGCCUGCCUGACCCUAAAUGAGCGGCUUCUUUUCCGAGUUAUACCCCACGAUCAAAGUUUCACGGAAAACUACGCAGGAAUCUUCCACUUCCAGUUCUGGCGCUAUGGAGACUGGGUGGAUGUGGUUGUUGAUGACUGUCUGCCAACGUACAACAAUCAACUGGUUUUCACCAAAUCCAACCACCGCAAUGAGUUCUGGAGUGCUCUGCUGGAGAAGGCAUAUGCUAAGCUGCAUGGUUCCUAUGAAGCCCUGAAAGGUGGGAACACCACAGAAGCCAUGGAGGACUUCACAGGAGGGGUGACAGAGUUUUUUGAGAUCAAGGAUGCUCCCAGAGACAUGUACAAGAUAAUGAGGAAAGCCAUUGAGAGAGGUUCCCUCAUGGGCUGCUCCAUUGAUGAUGGCACAAACAUGACCUAUGGAACCUCUCCUUCUGGUCUGAACAUGGGGGAGUUGAUUGCACGGAUGGUGAGGAAUAUGGAUAAUUCGCUGCUCAGGGACUCAGACCUCGACCCCAGAGGCUCAGAUGACAGACCUACACGGACAAUUGUUCCUGUUCAGUAUGAGACAAGAAUGGCCUGCGGGCUGGUCAAGGGUCAUGCCUAUUCCGUCACUGGGCUGGAGGAGGCCCUGUUCAAAGGUGAGAAAGUGAAGCUGGUGCGGCUGCGGAACCCCUGGGGCCAGGUAGAGUGGAAUGGCUCUUGGAGUGAUGGUUGGAAGGAUUGGAGCUUUGUGGACAAAGAUGAGAAGGCCCGUCUGCAGCACCAGGUCACUGAGGAUGGAGAGUUCUGGAUGUCAUAUGAGGAUUUCAUCUACCAUUUUACAAAGCUGGAGAUUUGCAACCUCACAGCUGAUGCCCUGGAGUCUGACAAGCUUCAGACCUGGACAGUGUCCGUGAAUGAGGGCCGCUGGGUGAGGGGCUGCUCUGCUGGAGGCUGCCGCAACUUUCCAGACACUUUCUGGACCAACCCACAGUACCGCCUGAAGCUCCUGGAGGAGGACGAUGACCCUGAUGACUCUGAAGUGAUCUGCAGCUUCCUGGUGGCCCUGAUGCAGAAGAACAGGCGGAAGGACCGGAAACUGGGGGCCAAUCUCUUCACCAUUGGCUUCGCCAUCUACGAGGUUCCCAAAGAGAUGCAUGGGAACAAGCAGCACCUGCAGAAGGACUUCUUCCUCUAUAACGCCUCCAAGGCCAGGAGCAAAACCUACAUUAACAUGCGGGAGGUGUCCCAGCGCUUCCGCCUGCCUCCCAGCGAGUAUGUCAUUGUGCCCUCCACCUAUGAGCCCCAUCAGGAGGGGGAAUUCAUCCUCCGGGUCUUCUCUGAAAAGCGGAAUCUAUCUGAGGAAGUCGAAAAUACAAUCUCCGUGGAUCGGCCAGUGAAAAAGAAAAAAACCAAGCCCAUCAUCUUCGUUUCAGACAGAGCAAACAGCAACAAGGAGCUGGGUGUGGACCAGGAGUCAGAGGAGGGCAAAGACAAAACAAGCCCUGAUAAGCAAGAGAAAUCCCCACAGCCAUGGCCUGGCAAUACAGACUAUGAAAGUGAGGAACAGCAGCAAUUUCGCAGCAUUUUCAAGCAGAUAGCUGGUGAUGACAUGGAGAUCUGUGCAGAUGAACUCAAGAAUGUCCUUAACACAGUUGUGAACAAGCACAAGGAUCUGAAGACACAAGGGUUCACGCUGGAGUCUUGCCGUAGCAUGAUUGCUCUCAUGGAUACAGAUGGAUCUGGGAGGCUGAACCUGCAAGAGUUCCAUCAUCUAUGGAAGAAGAUCAAGACCUGGCAGAAAAUCUUCAAACACUAUGACACAGACCAGUCUGGCACCAUCAAUAGCUAUGAGAUGAGAAAUGCUGUCAAUGAUGCAGGAUUCCACCUCAACAGCCAGCUCUAUGACAUCAUUACCAUGCGGUACGCAGACAAACGCAUGAACAUUGACUUCGACAGUUUCAUCUGCUGCUUCGUCAGGCUGGAGGGCAUGUUCAGAGCUUUUAAUGCAUUUGACAAGGAUGGAGACGGUAUCAUCAAACUCAAUGUUCUAGAGUGGCUACAGCUCACUAUGUAUGCUUGAACCAGGCUGGCCUCAUCCAAGGCCAUGCAAGAUCACUCAGGAUUUCAAUUUCACCCAAUAUAGCUAGAGUCAUUUACCUCAAAGGAUCCAGUAGCUACAUCAGCAUGCUUCCAGGCACCUCUUUGGUCUUGUUCCGCCUCCACUUUGCUCUAUACUGUCUCGAUCUGUCAUGUCUAGCCUGACCCUUGGGAAAACAACUUUGUUCCUUUGCCACAUGAAGGCAAGUGUCUGCCUCAGCUGUAUAGCCUACCUAUCCAAGGUUGGCUGAUUCUGAGCUGCCUCAGCUCUGAGGCAAAUGCUACCCCCUUAGCUUGCACUAAGGCUUUUGCAGAAGCAUCUGCCAAUUGCACUUGCCACUCACUCGUGCUGGAGCCCUCUCACCUUUAUACUCUCCCAUCCAUAGGACAGUAACCAAAUUUGCACUUGGGUCUGCCAGUUUAGAAUGGGCCUCUCUGGGGUAAACUGAUCCAGUGGAAUAGGGUUGGAUACUUUGGGUUUUCAGACACAUGUUUGGCUGCAUUCUGGAAAAAAAAAACAAAAACAACUGAUCUAAAUAAAGGCACGUGUACAGCUGGU